UCCAGACCGCGAGAAGAUGAGCUAUGGCAAGAGAAAACAGACCUGGGGAGGAAUUUCACACCGUUUUCAGUCAAAAUGACUCCCUAGAGCUCUCUGCGAACCACGACUAUGAGUCCGCACAGGCUCGGAUUUUCAAGCUGAUCGUCAUAGGAGAUUCAAAUGUGGGGAAGACGUGUUUGACUUACCGGUUCUGCGGGGGCACUUUCCUGAAAAACCCAGAGGCAACGAUCGGGGUCGAUUUCAGAGAGAGGACGCUGGAGCUCGAUGGCGAGAAUAUCAAGUUGCAGAUCUGGGACACGGCAGGUCAGGAGCGUUUCAGAAAGAGCAUGGUGGAGCACUACUACCGCAGCGUCCAUGCCGUCAUCUUCGUGUACGACGUGACCAGCCUCUCCUCCUUCGAGAGCAUCCCCGAGUGGAUUGAGGAGUGCAGCCGACACUCUGUGGGGCCCAUGGUGCCCCGCAUCAUGGUGGGCAACAAGUGUGACCUGAGGGACCGCCGGGAGGUCCCCACCUCAGCUGCCCAGUGCCUUGCCGACAGCUACAACUUCCCGCUGUUUGAGACCUCGGCCAAGGACCCUGCCGAGAAGGAACACGUUGACGCUAUCUUUCUGACUUUGGCUUACAGACUGAAGAGCCACAAACCCAUGAGACUGAAGCAGCUGAGCGAGAGCAGCGUCAGGCAGCUGUGGCAGCAGGGAGAGCAGGAGGCAGCAACAUGUCAAUGCUGAGGAUACCUGCAUGGAUGGAGCCAUUAGGAAACAAUGCUGGUGCUGAGGAAAGCAGCGUUUCUUCCCAACUCUGAGACUGAAUUCAUAAUGGCUUCUUAUGAUGAUGAGAUAGAAAAGGAAGAAACGUCCCAUGAUUUUUACCUGUUUCCCUUGUAAGGCACAGUUAGUGACAGUAUGGACCUAUAGGUUUGCACAAAAUCAAAUCAACAUUUCAAUGAAAUGCAUGAAUGGAUAUGGAGGUAUGCCAAACAUUUGUAGCUCAAACUGCACAUAAAAUCACUUUGAGUGAAAAAAAACAAAGCAUUGCUGACUGCACUUUAAGACAAAUUAUAUGCAAUCAGCUGUCUAGUAGCACUACAGCCUAUUUACAAUAUCCCAUGCAGACAGUUAAUUAAGGGGCAAAAUGGAUUUCAGUGUAAGUAAAGGGACCAAUAAGGUAAAUUGAAACUGUGAACAUAAACGUGCAAUCAUUUUCUUUAAGAAAUGUCGUAAAGUGAUACUUCGGUUUAAACAUUUACAUGCAGUGUGAGUUUUGGUGCUGUUGCUGAAUGUGUAUUUCUCAGAUAUAAAUACAAACUUAAGCUUUGUGUCGAAUCUUUCACUUACACAGUUCGAUGGAGUGAGCUCACUAAUGACAAAAUGUAGCUGUCUUUUGGGACAAAAUGCAAAUCCAAACAAUUCACUUGAAAUGCAUGAGUGAAUACAUGCUCAGCAGUCUGACAAUUGUUACGCUGGAAGGUAUUGAUCUUAUGAGGUAAAAUCAUGACUGGCCUUUUGAUGCAUGUGUACAGUUUCCAACAGUAUGAAGAUUUAAAUGACAAUGUUAAGCUGCACAUCAAUAAAAUAAAAGUGGUUUUAUCCGUAUAAUUUA